AUGGAACCAGGAAAUCAAACACGUGCUUUAGAAGUUUUACUCCUGGGAUUUUCCCAGGACUCAGAAAAGCAGCGCAUCUUAUUUGGGUUGUUUCUAUCUGUGUUUGUUGUCUCUGUGCUCAGGAACCAGCUCAUCAUCCUGACCAUCAGCUCAGACCCCCGUGUCCACAUCCCCAUGUACUUCUUCCUCUCCAACUUGUCCUUGGCUGACAUUGGUUUCAUCUCCACCACAGUCCCCAAAAUGAUUGUGAACAUCCAGACACAGAGCAAAUCCAUCAGCUAUGCAGGCUGCAUCACCCAGAUGUAUUUUUUCAUGGUUUUUGGAGGUAUGGACACUUUUCUCAUGACUGUGAUGGCUUAUGACCGCUUUAUGGCCAUCUGUCACCCCCUGCACUACACGGUCAUCAUGAACCCUUGCCUCUGUGGUCUGCUGGUUCUUGUGUCUUGGUUCACCAGCUUGUCAUACUCCCUGAUCCAGAGUCUGUUAAUGUUGCGGCUGUCCUUCUGUACCAACUGGGUCAUUCCACACUUUUAUUGUGAACUUGCUCAGGUCCUCAUGCUUGCUUGCUCAGACACACUCAUCAAUUACAUCUUGCUGUAUAUGGUGACUGGACUUCUUGGCAUUGUUCCCUUCUCAGGGAUCCUUUUCUCCUACACCCACAUUGUCUCCUCCAUUCUGAGAAUCCCAUCAGCUCAUGGGAAAUAUAAAGCAUUUUCUACCUGUGCAUCUCACCUGUCUGUGGUUUCUUUGUUCUAUGGGACGGGCCUUGGCGUGUAUCUCAGUUCUGAUUCAUCUUCCUGGAGAGGCAUGAUUGCCUCAGUGAUGUACACUGUGGUCACCCCUAUGCUGAACCCCUUCAUCUACAGCCUGAGGAACAGGGACAUCAAGAGGGCUCUACAAAAAGUCAUUGGAAGGACACUCUGUGUUCAGUGGUGGGAGUACAGAUCCAAGGGUUUUGAGCCGACAGUGAUAGCAGCAGUUGGCUAA